AUGAAAUUCCUUGCCCCCGUUGUCCUUGUUGGUUGCGUCUACACCGCCGGAACCGCCGCGGAAGAGUCGGCGCAACGUGCAGCGACUUCAGUGGAAGACACUGUAAAUGGGGUCAAAACCACUUUGAACUUUGCCGGGAAGUACACCAACAGUUGCUUCUCUGUCCCUAACUCCCUGUGCUUCGGAGGCACUGAGCAGGUCGUCUCUGGAAACUCAGUGCCGGAAGGUCUCGGGGCAUGGCUAACAUUCGACCACCUUUACUCAGCCGACCAAAGCGGAAAUGGGAACCAUAUGCACAGAACCCCGAGGGCGGGCCCAGCUCAUAACGGUCGCGGUGCCAGUGCUGCAUUUGUUAAGGGCGCUAGCAGCAAAAUAAAGUCCAGCCCAUCACUGGAGUCAUCAGAUUUCACAGUCUCUUUUUGGAUGUACUUGUUGAGUGACUCCAAUGGCCUUUUCCGCAAUAUUGUUUCAAAGGGGAGCGAGAUGUCCCAAACACCCUCCAUCCUGCUGUACCCAGACAGCCGCCGUCUCUCAGUUCGCGUUACAACUGACGACAGCGGGUCCGAGGGAAUGCCUUCAACAGGAAGUCUACCGCUAAGACGCUGGACCCACGUUGCAGUUACUGCAUCUGAGAACAGGCUCAAACUGUUUUUGAAUGGAAUGAAGGAUAGCGAAGUUUUCCUUCGCGGCAAUGUAGUACCAAAUACUGAGGACAUCGUUGUUGGAGCUUCCAUUGAGAACCCUGGCUUCGAGGGAUAUAUUGAUGACUUCCGGGUGUACACCAGAGGACUUCCUGAGCAUGAAGUAUCUGCAAUGACCAUGCCGGCGCUGACGGGUGUCCCAGAUUCCGAGUUUGUUUCGCUAGGCUGCGAUUCUUGUGGAUAUGACUUCGCAAUGAACUCUAACAUGUGUGGAGAGCCCGCAGCACACCUUUGCUCACUGCAAGAACUCUACCAAGGAGGUAUCCAUGCGGCACGCAUAAACGGUCUACUGAACUCCAAAACGGAGAUGUGGCACAGUGACAUGACCGCAGGAGAAAUGGCUAAGAAUGAGAGCCGAAUGGCACUAUGCUGUGCUGCUUCCCGUGGUCCGGAGAGUGCGUAG